UUUCAUCAACAGGAUGGAGGUGGAAAAAAAAAACCGCUUUGACAGCUCGUCAGGCUGCUAACAGCCUCCAGAGACAGCUUCCUGCUCACAGUUUUAUAUCUGCUCCGUCGACUGCAGCGCAACUAUGACAUCCAUAGACGAAAGCAAUAAAGAAAAGUUGCGUUCUGUGUCUGUGGACUUAAACAACGAUGCCUCUCUCGUCAUUGACAUUCCUGACGCACUAUGCGAAAGAGACAAAGUCAAGUUCACGGUCCACACAAAGACAACGCUGAACUCCUUCCAGAAGUCAGACUUUUCUGUUCCCAGGCAGCAUGAAGACUUCAUCUGGUUACAUGACACUCUGGUGGAGACUGAGGAAUACGCCGGCCUGAUAAUUCCUCCUGCACCUCCAAAGCCUGACUUUGAGAGCCCAAGAGAGAAGAUGCACAAAUUAGGAGAAGGUGAAGCCACUAUGACCAAGGAGGAGUACACUAAAAUGAAGCAGGAGCUGGAGGCUGAGUAUCUGGCUGUGUUCAAGAAAACUGUCCAAGUGCACGAAGUGUUCCUGCAGCGACUGUCUUCUCACCCAAUUUUAAACAAAGACAGAAACUUCCAGAUUUUCUUAGAGUAUGACCAGGAUCUCAGUGUGAGAAGAAAGAAUGUCAAGGAGAUGUUCGGCGGGUUCUUUAAAAAUAUGGCAAAAUCAGCCGACGAGGUCCUUAUCUCAGGAACAAAGGAAGUGGAUGAGUUCUUUGAGCAGGAGAAGACGUUCCUCCUUGACUACUUCAGCAAGAUAAAAGAUUCCACUGCCAAAGCGGAGAAGAUGACCCGCGCACACAAAAGUAUUGCAGAUGAUUACAUUCACAUUUCUGCUACUCUAAACAGCCUCUCCGCUGAUGACAGCACAGCAAAUAAGAAGAACCUGGACAAGUUGUCAGACCUGUUUGAGAAGCUUAGAAAAGUGGAGGGAAGAGUGGCGUCUGACCAGGAGCUGAAACUGACUGAACUGCUGCGGUACUACAUGAGAGACAUCCAGGCUGCUAAGGACCUCCUGUACCGGCGGGCUCGCGCACUGGCUGACUAUGAGAACUCUAACAAGGCCUUGGACAAGGCCCGACUGAAGAGCAGGGACAUUCCUCAGGCGGAGGAGCACCAGCAGCAGUGUCUGCAGAAGUUUGACAAGCUGUCAGAGUCUGGGAAGAAAGAACUCACCAGUUUCAAGGGUAGACGAGUCGUGGCCUUCAGGAAGAACCUCAUAGAGAUGGCUGAGCUUGAGAUAAAACAUGCCAAGAACAAUGCGACUCUAUUGCAGGGCUGCAUCGAGCUGCUCAAGACCAACUGACGCGAUUCCCAGUAUUCCUGUCCUGCCAUCACAAAGUGACCCGUCACAGCAAGUGGAAGCAUUGUGUCCCUGGGGCUUGACGAGGACUCCGGUCCAAGCCCUCUCUCCAAUCCCUCCUGGGUCUGAUGCCACUUUAAAACACCCUGUGCAAGACAAACUAUCUUGUAAGCACAAUGUCUUCAUGUUUACAGAGUCGCUAUCCUCUGGUCUGUGGUCCUUCCUUUUCCAUUAUUUAUGGAGGUCUGUCUCAAUGUGAAUGGCUCCUGAGCUUUGUGGAUGCCAACAUUAAGGUCUUCCAUUUAUUUUCAGCACCAAUGAUGUGACUUUUACUCAAUUCUCAUUUAUACAUUAUGCAUUCACACUAUAUUUCUUGCCUUUUUGAUCAUAUUUUUGCUUCCGAUUUCACCUUAACCCUUUCUCAUAUACACUUUUGAUUAAACUUCAGAAAUCUAAGCGAAUGUUUAUCAAGCAACUUUUUUUUAUUCAUGUGCUUAUUCAGUUAGGCCUCUUUUGUCUGCUAAAGAAACAGUCUUAUAGAAUCAGAACCAGUGCCUGGUCAAAUAUCCUGGUACUCUUGCACUUGUGGGCUUUUUCAGACUGGUUUACGGUGAAACUAACUCUCUGUUUAGUAAACUCAUGACUGACUUAGGGGACGAGACAAAUAAAAUAGUCUUCAUGUCCAUAAAAGAAAUGAAAAAAAAUUGAAAAAUAGCUGCUUUUCACCUCAGGAAUUGGACAGUUGGGUUGGUACCCUCACAUUUGUUUGUAAUAAGCGACCUCAGACCCCACUCUUAUCAAAGAUGCACAUUAGUUUUGUAAAUAUAAAGAAAUUAUAGAAGGUUUGAGCAAGAGAUUUUCAGGAGAAUGGGUCAAACCAUGAGCUGUUUGAGCUUCUUGUAUUUUCAAUAAACAGAACACGGAAACCUUCAGUGUUAGUAUCGACGGUCAGUCUGAAUCUGGUUUUAUUUGGGAGACAUUCACUACACAUGGUUACUUUGGUAGCUUGUAAUCAACGCCACCAGCUCUUAGUGUUCCUUUUGACUUUUGUAAUUCUUGUUUUGUUUUUGUUUUUUCUUUUUUGCCCUUAAUCUCCAUUUUGUUACUGAUGGAGUCUGAUGCAUUACAUUUGAUAUAUUUUGCGGAUCCUGUAAAGUGUUUAUUUCAAACACACCACAAAAACAAUGCACUAAAAAGAUUAAAAAGAAAAUCAAUCCUUUACAAUGGAGUGUUAAAAGUGUGUUUUCAAAGAAAUGGAAUGUAUUUCUAAUAAAACCCAACCUCGCAAAUAUCUUUACAUGAUGCUUUUUCUUACAGAAAAUUACCAUUUUAUAAAUUUUGUAAUAAUGGUAUUAAAUAAAUUCUACUUUCCCAA